AAGUGGCCAAUGUUAUAGUUAAUGGUGGUUUUAUGUUGCAAAGUAAUUACAAACCAUUUCGAGCAGUUUUUCUGUUAACAUCCGUGACUCAAGCCGGCUAACUUGACUAGCUUAGCUUAGGGUCGUAUUUAGCAUUGUGCUGCUAGCGUACACGUCAAGCUCCGUGUUUUAGGGUAACUGCCUGGUUAUAUAUGGUUGUUUUAGUACGUGACGACUACCCUUUAACGCGUUUGCCUUGCGUAGUUCCCAGUGCUUCUGUGGGUUUUAUGUUUAAUCCCACUGGUAACUGUAGCUUAGCGUCCUGGAGCGGGCUCUGUCUAAUAGCUGGUCUCCCAGGCGUUCCAAGUUUUAGUGACGUUUUGCUCAGUACUGACUUGAAUAUCCACAAGUGUCGACGCCACUGUUGUUCUUCUUAGUUAAUUCAUGAUCGCUGCCUCUCUGGUAUUUCGAUUCUUUCACCCACUCCGUGUCAAAUCGUGUCACAUAUAUACGCAUCAGCUGUAGAGCCAACAUGUCAGUGUUCGGGCCGCUUUGGGAUGUAAAAUCAGUACUCAAUGGUAGAGUGCUACAUUGCCGAGGUGACGAUCCUGGACAUCAUCUGCUUCUGUUCACUGACCCCAACCAAGCGUUUACCUCCUGUGUACCACGCCAAGUGUCCUAUGUCAUUAGAGAUGAGGUGGAGAAGUACAACAGGAAUGGGGUGAAUGCACUCCAGCUUGACCCUGCUCUCAACCGACUCUUCACCGCGGGGCGUGACUCUAUCAUCAGGAUAUGGAGUGUCUACCAACAUAAACAGGAUCCCUACAUUGCCUCUAUGGAGCACCACACAGACUGGGUUAAUGACAUAGUUCUCUGCUGCAAUGGAAAAACAUUGAUAUCUGCUUCUUCCGACACAACAGUCAAAGUAUGGAACGCUCACAAAGGCUUUUGUAUGUCGACGUUACGAACACAUAAAGACUAUGUAAAAGCUCUGGCGUAUGCGAAGGACAAAGAGCUGGUGGCAUCUGCUGGUCUGGACCGGCAGAUAUUCCUUUGGGACGUAAAUACAUUAACAGCACUCACUGCUUCCAACAACACAGUCACUACGUCUUCGCUAAGUGGGAACAAGGAUUCUAUCUACAGUCUGGCUAUGAAUCAGAUGGGCACAGUUAUUGUAUCUGGUUCCACAGAAAAGGUUUUAAGAGUGUGGGAUCCACGGACAUGUGCGAAGCUGAUGAAGCUCAAAGGUCAUACAGACAACGUGAAGUCGCUGCUUUUGAACCGGGACGGCACUCAGUGCCUGUCAGGAAGUUCAGAUGGGACCAUCCGUCUGUGGUCGCUCGGCCAACAAAGGUGCAUCGCCACAUACCGGGUGCACGACGAGGGAGUGUGGGCUCUGCAGGUCAACGAAGCCUUCACACAUGUCUACUCUGGAGGCCGGGACAAAAAGAUCUACUGCACAGACCUGCGGAACCCUGACAUCCGUGUUCUCAUCUGUGAGGAGAAAGCCCCAGUUUUGAAAAUGGAGCUGGACAGAUCUGCUGACCCUCCUCCUGCUAUCUGGGUCUCCACCACCAAGUCAUCUGUUAAUAAAUGGUCUCUGAAAGGAAUGCACAACUUCAGAUCGUCAGGGGAGUACGACAACGACUGCAGUACCCCUUUAACGCCACUGUGCACUCAGCCAGAGCAAGUCAUCAAGGGCGGUGCCAGUAUUAUCCAGUGCCACAUUCUGAACGACAAGAGACACAUACUCACCAAAGACACGAACAACAAUGUAGCUUUUUGGGAUGUUCUGAAGGCUUGCAAAGGGGAAGACUUGGGCAAAGUGGAGUUUGAUGAGGAGAUUAAAAAGCGCUUCAAGAUGGUCUACGUGCCAAAUUGGUUUUCGGUUGAUCUCAAAACUGGGAUGCUGACCAUCACGCUGGACGAGAGUGACUGCUUCGCUGCUUGGGUCUCUGCAAAAGACGCAGGUUUUUCCAGCCCCGAUGGAUCCGACCCAAAACUGAAUCUUGGUGGACUGUUACUUCAGGCUCUGCUGGAGUUCUGGCCCAGAACCCGGAUCAACCCCAUGGAUGAGGAAGAGAACGAGGUGAAUCACGUGAACGGCGAGCACGAGAACAGGGUCCAGAAAGGAAAUGGAUAUUUCCAGGUACCCCCCCACACGCCGGUCAUCUUCGGAGAGGCAGGAGGCAGAACUCUGUUUAGGUUGUUAUGUCGAGAUUCCGGAGGGGAGACUGAGUCAAUGCUGCUGAACGAAACAGUUCCCCAGUGGGUUAUUGAUAUAACUGUAGAUAAAAACAUGCCCAAGUUCAACAAAAUUCCAUUCUACCUCCAGCCGCAUUCUUCCUCUGGUGCAAAAACGCUAAAGAAGGACCGUCUGUCAGCCAGCGACAUGCUCCAGGUGAGGAAAGUGAUGGAACACGUCUACGAGAAGAUUAUCAACCUGGACAACGAGUCGCAGACCACCAGCUCCUCUGCCAACGACAAACCCGGGGAGCAAGAGAAGGAGGAGGACAUGGCCAUGCUAGCAGAAGAGAAGAUUGAGCUCAUGUGUCAAGAUCAGGUUCUGGACCCCAACAUGGACCUGCGAACAGUCAAACAUUUUAUCUGGAAGAGUGGCGGGGACUUGACGCUUCACUAUCGGCAAAAGUCCACGUGAAACUUUAGAUUUUAGCAAGAAACUGUCAUUUGCCAAUCACCAUCCACCUUUGACACGUAGUAACCCCAUCGUGAGGUGAAAGAGCGGCAGCAUCAUUGAGAACCCCCGAAACAUUUGUGAUGAUGUGGCUCUUGGAAGUGUCACAGGGACACAGGACACCACAGCCAAGAGACUUCCUGAAGGAUUUUUUUUUCCAGUUCAGAAAGUGGACUGAAGUUCCCCACAGCACUGAACUUUUUUUUUUCUUUUUUUACGUUGGUUCUGUUGAUUUUAGAGACAAAGUUACAGUCAGAGUGUGUAUGCACAUUGACGUGGGCUGCUCUAGUACAUUCCUGAAACUGUCUUUGUUCCAUAAGCACUCAUCAGUCUCUACAGGUUUAGGAGUCCACCUGCUCUCUGGGAAGCACCAUGGCUCAUUCUAGAACUGAAUCAUACAAGCUCGACAGAAUCACUCGUCUUCGUCCUUGUCUUUUUGUAAAUAUAUGCACUUUGUUUUUAUUUCAAAGACAGAUUUUUCAUUUUCGCUUCAGUUUUACUUCUGUUGUACAGUUGACACGUUUUUUUCCAGAACCUGCUCAUUCAUGAUUCUGAAGGUCAUUUAACAUGGAUGUUGUAUUCUGUAAUAAACCCCCCCAAAUUGCCAUUUAUUUAUCGGAACUGUUGUUCAGAAAAUUCUAUAUGAAAUGAUAUUGUACAACAGUUUGGGUCAUAAGCGAUGACUCAAAUCUGUGGAAAAAAGUUUCUAGCGUAGAUUUCAUUUAGACUCUUUAAUAUUACUUGAAGACGGGCGUCAACCGAGAACAUUUAAAUAUUAACGGUGAAAUAUGUUUUGGUGUGUCAUGAAGCAAAACAAGUAUUUUCAAUGUUAAAUUUUAUUGAAUUAUUUUGCCAUUAGGUGAGUGAGCUCCAAUUGGCCAAAUCAGGAUGGGUACCAUGAUACUGCAAUACCCUUGUUGUAAUAACCUGUGAAAUAUGUAUAUUUUAGGCUUUGAAAAGAAUACAUUGGAAUGGUUUAACAAUAAAGAAAAUUGUGGGGAUUAUA